UCUCCUCACCGCGCCAAACCCCUCGCAGAGUUCGUCGCCCAGGCGCUCUUCGUCUUCACGUGCACGGGCGCGGCGUGCGGUCAGGCGACGCCGUUCUCCUCGACGAACCCCUUCGACGGCUCCAAGGGCGCCAACUCCGCCGUCGGCAUCAUCGACGACGGCUCCUUCGUGCCCGAGGACCUGCCGGUCCCCUUCGUCCAGUCCAUCGCAAUGACCUUCGGCUUCACGAUCACUGCCCUCGCCUACGCCAUGGGCUCGAAGUCGGGCGCCCAGAUCAACGGCGCGGUGACCUGGUCCGCCGCGGCGUCUCGAACUCAACUGCGCCGCCUCGAUGGCGUCACGUUGUGACCGUCGGUCGCGUCCUCCACGCCAUCGACGCGACGCGACUCACUCCAUGCGCGCAGGGGCCUAGCCGUCGCCGGCGAGCUCUCGCCCAUCCAGGCCGUCGCGAACAUCUUCAUGCAGUGCUGGGGCUCGGUCCUCGGCUCCGGCUUAUUAUCCCUCGUCUACCGCAAGUCCUCGGACCGCACGAACGGCUUGGGGUCCAACCGCGUCGGCCCGGGCUUCUCGCCGCGCCAGGCGUUCCUCGGCGAGGCCAUCAUGGUCUUCAUUUUGAUGUAUGUGGUCCUCGAGACGGCGGUGAACAAGAAGAACAAGGCCAACGCGGCGCUCGCGCCGGUCGCCAUCGGAUUUGCGGUGUACAUCGGCCACACGAUGCUCAUCCCCGUCGACGGCUGCUCGCUCAACCCGACGCGCUCCUUCGGCCCGGCCCUCGUCUCGUACAUCCAGAACCGCGGCCCGAACUACUUCCGCGACUUCUGGUGCACGGGCGGUGUCCGAAACUGUAUUACGACGGGCGGGGCGCCGCGUCGAUGGCCUGAUACGGCCGUCGACAGCACGCGUCCGCGCCGACGCCGACGUCGUAAAUCCACGCAGGGUCUUCGUCAUCGGCCCCGUCACGGGCGCCACGGUCGCGGCGGCCUACUACAAGGUGAUCAAUGCCAUGCAGGACAAGGAGGCCGAGAACGAGCCGGCCGCGGACCGCGCCGAAGACGUCAAGCCUGUCGAGGCCUAGGCGUCCGUGGACCCCCCGCGCUCCCUUCGCGGUCGAGCGCUCCCUUACACCCCCCUUGGGCACAGUAG